UCUUCUCCCCUACAGAUGAAGGUCGCUAUAAUCCUACUGUCCACCUUCGCCCUCGUCACCCCUUCGAGGCGGUACCCCUCCUCGUAUUAUUCGGGGGGCAGUGGGGGAGGAUUCGGAGGGGGCGGCGCUUCAGGGGGUAGCUAUGGGGGAGGUACUGCCCCUAUUGUGUUCCCGGGGCAAGUGAGCGGAGGAGGAGGAGGAGGAGGAGGACACAUUCACGGUCCAGGUGGUGGUAUUGGAGGUGGUGGUAUUGGAGGUGGAAUUGGUGGUGGUGGUAUUGGAGGUGGUAAGGGAGGUGGAAUUGGUGGUGGUAUUGGAGGUGGUGGUAUUGGAGGUGGUAAGGGAGGUGGAAUUGGUGGUGGUAUUGGAGGUGGUGGUGGCUUCCCUUCCCCCGUUGGACACGACGAAUCGGUUCCUCUCUACAUCGGCGCUUGUGACCGGUACAGUUCCCCGAUCCACGACACCUUCGGCGGCAAUAACUACCACUACUCCUGGUGCGUGGACGGCGGGCAGCGCUACACUUGGCAGGAGGCUUACAACUAUUGCACGCGGCUGGGCCAAGGCUGGACCCCCGUGAACAUUGAGACCCCGGCCGAGAACAGUUACAUUGUGGGCAUCGUGGGCAAGCACCGUGCUCCCUGGAUCUGGACUGGAGGCAACAGGCUGAACAACGAGAAGUUCAUUUGGGAGUGGAGCAACAAACAGCCAGUCACAUAUACCAACUGGGGCCAGACUGGAUUCACCGGCGCCCCUCAGCCCGACAACAGCGAGGACAACAAUGAGAGGUGCCUGUCCCUUCUUAACCAGUUCUACCCAGGCGAUCUCAUUACCUGGCACGACAUCGGCUGCCACCACAGAAAGCCGACCAUCUGCGAGUACUAUGCUGGAGCUUCUGGUGGGUUGCAAGUGGGCGGCGGCGGUUCCGGUGGUCAUAUCGGUGGUGGUGGUUCCGGUGGUCAAAUCGGUGGUGGUGGUUUCGUUGGUCAAAUCGGUGGUGGUGGUUCCGGUGGUCACAUUGGUGGUGGCUCCGGUGGAAGGCCCACCUAUGGUUAAAUUAAAGUAGUUACCCCUUUUAAUCACUUUUGACUUGCCUCCCUGUUUGACUGUUUCCCGUUUUUUUUUUCUUGUCCGUGUUCUGUUUAUGCUUUGAUUUGUUUAUUUCUAUACUCCUUUAUUUCUCCUAGGCUCAACUCUGGUUAAAUUAAAGUAGUUACCCCUUUUAACCACUUUUGACUUGCCUUCCUGUUUGACUGUUUCCCGUUUUUCUUUUCUCGUCCGUGUUCUGUUUGUGCUUUGAUUUGUUUAAUUCUACUACUUCUUUACUUUUCUACGCCCAACUAUGGUUAAAAUAAAGUAGUUACCUUUAUGAACGUUUUGACUCGCCACCCUGUUUGACUGAUUCCCGUUUUCUUUUCUUGCCCGUCUUUUGGUUAUGCUUUGAUUUGUUUAUUUUUCUAAUCGUUCGUUACUUCUCUACGCCCAACUAUGGUUAAAUUGAAGUAGUUACCCCUUUUAACCACUUUUGACUUGCCUCCCUGUUUGGCUGUUUCCCGUUUUUCUUUUCUUGUCCGUCUUUUGUUUAUGCUUUGAUUUGUUUAUUUCUAUACUCCUUUAUUUCUCCUAGGCCCACCUAUGGUUAAAAUAAAGUAGUUACCCUUA